CAUCCUGGUAUCAUAUGUUGGCCAAUCUCGCAAGCCAUGAAUCGCGGCCAUCGUCUGCGCAGAGCUUAAAAAUCUCCCUUCUCCCUCGUCCAUGUCACCCCAGCUGCAUGCGCUCGUGUCCGUAGUACCGUUGUUUGCCGUUUAGCAGCUGUAACAACAACUCGUCGUCGUACAACUACGGACGGACGGACGUAUGCGCUUGUUGUGUUCGUCCACGACAAGGGCAUGAAGGGCGGGCUUGACGAUUUCAAAGUGAUGCUCACGAGGAACGAGCCCAUCACCGGCCUCGCCAAGGUGGUCGCGUUCCUUGUGAUCUUCACGCUCGGCGUCGUCGCCGGCCUCUGGGUGUCUGCCGGUGCCGGGGUCCGCCUGUCCCAGGAAAGCAUCGUCCCGAGGAGCAUCGGGUUUCAGGGCGGCGGUGGCGGUGGCGGUGGCGGUGGCGGCGGCGGCAUCUGCUGCCGGCCCGACCUGGACCCCGAGUUCGAAGAAUUCGUGGCCCCGACGCGGCUCAUGCACGACAUGACGGACGAGGAGCUGUUCUGGCGCGCCACGCUGGUGCCGGCCGCCGCCAGGUACCCGUUCGAGCGCGUGCCCAAGGUGGCCUUCAUGUUCCUCGCCGGCCACGGCGUCCUGCCGCUGGCGCCGCUCUGGGAGCGCUUCUUCCGCGGCGGCCACGAGGACCGCUUCUCCAUCUACGUCCACGCGCCGCCCGGGGUGGCGAUCAAUGUCUCCGAGGACUCGCCGUUCUACGGCAGGCAGAUCCCCAGCCAGAAAACCGAAUGGGGCUCCGUGACGCUGGUGGACGCGGAGAAGCGUCUGUUGGCGAACGCGCUGCUCGACUUCUCCAACGAGCGGUUCGUGCUCCUCUCGGAGAGCUGCAUCCCGGUGCACAACUUCACGACGGUGUACGACUACCUGGUGGGGUCACGGCACAGCUUCGUGGAGUCCUACUACCGGAACGACCGGGGUGUCCGGAACCGGUACAGCCGGAGCAUGCUACCGGACAUCACGCUGCGGCAGUGGCGGAAGGGGUCCCAGUGGCUGGAGCUGAGCCGCGACCUCGCCACGAGCGUGCUGACGGACACCAGGUACUACCCGCUGUUCCGGCGGCACUGCCGGCCGUCGUGCUACCCCGACGAGCACUACGUGCAGACGUACGUGACGCUGCGGCACGGCGCGCGCAACUCGAACCGCACCGUCACGCGCGUGGAGUGGCAGCCCGGGGAAUCCCACCCGGUGACGUACGGCGCCAGGGACGCCACGCCGGAGCUCGUCCGGAGCAUCCGGACCAGCGCCGAGCCCUGCGCGUACAACUCGCGCCCGACGUCCACCUGCUACCUGUUCGCCAGGAAGUUCGCGCCCGACGCGCUCGCGCCGCUGCUCAACAUGUCGUCCACGGUCAUGCACUACUAACACAAAUUUUUUUUGGCCGUCGAGGCGGCGUUUGACGGACACAAAACAAGAGUUUGUAACUUAAUUUUUUUUUGAUGAAUCGUUUGUAACUUAAUCAGAUAUAUAAUCUGAUUAAUUACACGUUAGGCAUCGAUCUGCUG